UCCUGUGUUUCGGGAGAGAAGAAUGGGGCAGGAGAGAGGAGAGAGUUGUGUACUUUUUUCCAGGGGGAGUUCACACAAGAGUUCAUGUCGGCAUUAGAGUUGAAGGAAAAGGACUAAAGUAGUGGACAGACUCUUGUUUGAUUUAUGAGAGAUCUCCUUUCUCAGGAACAGCGGCUGAGAGAACAAGACAGGGAGGAGGAGGGGGAAGAUAAGUGUCAAUCUGUUGAGACUUGUUUGGGAAUUUGAGGAAGGAGGGGAGGUGGAGAAAGACAGAGAGGCAGCAAGAGUGAAAAGCAAGGAGAGCUCAGGCGUAAACACGAGAGAGAAAGAGAAAAAGUUCCGAUUUAUUUAGAAAAACAAGGACAUUCAUUGUUUAUUAUGUCACAUAGACAAUGUGAAGGCAGUGGAUGAAUUCUUAUGUGUUGUGCAAUCCCAUGCUUUUGAGCUAAGCUGGACGGGGGAAGGACCAGAUCUCCCAAAGAAUAUUACAUUCAGGUUCUCCAAAUUAUGGUACUAUGGGGACCAAAAGACCCAGCUGCACCCUCUUUGACACUUUAUCUAACAUAAACAUGUCUGACCGCAAACUUCACCCAGGUGGAAAAAUCUCCAGGGAUCCAAGUCCCAGGCCAGCAAUGACUGCCCAGUCGGAGCGAGAGAGAGAAAGCAAACGAGAGGAAGAGUGGAGGAGGGAAAGAGAAACGGAGAAAAUGAGAGACAAAGCAAGGUACAGAGAUACGGACCCACGGGGGAGAUACUACGAAAGAGACAGAGCUCCUGCACCCAGGCCGAGAGAGGGGGAGAGAGAAUGGAGGGAGAGAGAAAAGAGGCAAGAGGAUGACAGCAGCAGAAAUGGGAGGCCGCUGUCAAUUGUAGAGAAGGAGAUGGAGAGAGAGGUAGAAAGGGGGAUGAAGAAAGGCGACACAUUUCCUCGAAUGAGGAAAAGCAGUGCAGAACGUGGCAGAAGAAUGACGUACGCCACUGAGAUGGAUGAAGAUAGAGGGGAUCGGAGGCAGAGAGACAGGCCAAGAAGAAAUGAGACAGACAACUGGGAGAGAGAAAGACAGAGAGAGAGGUACAGAGAAAGGGAAAGAGAUGACUUCCGAAGCAGGACGAAAGAAGAGGGGAAAUGCAUUGGGAGAGAUGAGAAAUUACGACAGAGGGAAAGAUAUCAGGAGUCUGAUGCUGCUUUCCAAGACAAAAGGAGAGACUUGGAAGUGGGUGAUUCAUGGGACAGAAGAGAGAGGGAUGCAGCGAGGAAAAGAGAGAAGCCAAGGCCUAACAUGGGAGAGAGGGGGGCCAAGAUGCCUUCUCCGCACAGGAGAAGAGACAGAGAGAUCUACUCGGAUAGGAAGGAAGGGGAAAAGGCGCAUUGGAGAGAGGGGAGGAGAAAUACUAAGAGUGAAGGAGACAGUGAUGAGAGGGAGCUGAGGAGGGAAAGAGUGAGGGACAGAGAGAGGGAAGAGUUGAUAUAUCAACACAGCAGAAGCGAGGGGGACAACAAAGGCAAAACAGUGAGGGAGAAAGAGCGAGAUAGGCCGGGAUACAGGGAGGAGGACAGGCAGAGACACAGAGACAGAGAAGCAGGUAGAGCCAGGUGGAGAAGUGGGGAAAGGAGGAGGGGAGUAGAAAAAGAUAGGAGGUACAGAGAGGCUGAUGGGGGAGCAGCAUUAAGGGAGUCAGACAGGGAGGGAGACAGAUGGAACGAAAGAGACUUGAAAGAUGACAGACGAUGGUCAGGUGACAUGAGAGAGAAUGAACGAUACAGAGAGUAUGAGCAGAGGAGAGGCAGGGAAAGAGAGGCUGACCCUAGGUGGGAUGAGACAACAGACAGGAGCAGCCGAUCACUGAACGAGGCGGCCCCCAACUUGUCACUAAGAGCCCAGAGCAGCGGAGAGUGGAGCAGCGAUAUGGACAGUGAGAAAAGAUACAGAAGAGGCUAUGAAGAAAGGGAAUCAGGGAGAGAGAGCACCACUGAAAGUGAAAGAGAUAUAGAAGAAAAGAAAAGUACGAAGAGAGCUGCUGAAAGAGGUCAUAAGGAGGAAAAAAGAGGUGUGAAACCAGAGAGAGAAAGGGGAGAGAUGACAGGUGGUGCGCCAGAGCAGAGGAGGAUGUGGUUAGAACCGCAGAGGGGCAAGUAUAGUAAAGAGUCUUCUCUAGAGGAAGACUUUGUAGACAGAGAGAAACACAGAAGGCGGAAAGAAGGAAGGAGAAAAGAAGAGAAGGGUAUGGAGACACAGGCAGAGUGGAGAAGAGUAAAAGACGAACCAGAAGAGAGGUACUCGGACCAAAGCAAAUACAGAGGAAGACGCAAUGAGAGUAGGACUCAAGGAGGGAGAAAUGAGUACAGGGAGCGAAGCAAUGACACAGAGAGGGAGGCCGAGGGUGUAAGUGUAGAUGGAGAGGAGGUGGGCGAGGACUGGAGAGAGGUAGAUAAGGGUGGAAAGGAACAUCUGUCUGACAGCAAUGGAGGGAUAGAGGGAAACCGGCGCAGGGAUGUACAGGGAGAGAAUGCGACAGAUAACACAGAGGAGAGUGACAGAGAGGAAGAGGGUGGGAGUGAUUACUGGGCCCGCUCUGAGAGCGAAGGAGGAAGUGAGAAAGAGUGGAUGCGUGAGAGAGACAGAAUGCUGUCUGGGGAGGACGGUUUUGUGACCGUGUCCAGCGGUGGAGAUGAGGAGGAUGAGAGAGAGGAAGACGAAGAAGAGUUCGAGGACUGUCAGGAAUUCUGGGAAGGUGGAGUCACUUCUGACUCCCGCUCACCUGUUGGCUUCAAGGGGCGCGAGGGAGACGAGGACUGGACGAUGGGAAAGGAGGAAACGACUGAAAAGGAGGAAGAGAGGAGGGAAAAGCAGCAGAAGUAUGUCUUUUGUGUGAUUGGACAAACAUUGCCCCGAUCAAAAACUGGAGAGAUGUCGCCAUCGCAAGUUGAUCAGAUUGGAGGAGUGGAAAAAGACAACCCAAAUGUGGCAAGUCACCGUCAUGAUGACGUGACACAGCGACCUCAAGAUGACCUGCAUCCAACACUGAGUGGAAAUGACGAAUACCUGAUUAACAACAACGAGAACACAGAGUGUAAGAAUGAGAGGGACAAAUGUAAUGUGCCAAGGGAGGGAAAGCCCGCCAUUGGAGAAACAUCUGAAGUGGACAUCAGAGCGUCUUCAGAGUGUCAAGACAGAGAGACCAGAGAGGGAACGGAAAAGGAGCACCCGUAUGAUGAAAUAAGUAGGAUUAAAAGAGACUCACAGACUGAGAAACUCCUAACAGAGUGGAGAGAGAAAAAUAAAGAACUAACAGAAGGAGAGAGGGAGAAACUUUCGCCAGUCCUGAGCAAUCCCUAUGAUGAAGUUUGUUCUCAGGAGACUUUUGAACAAAUUCAACCGUCUUUAGAUGGGAUUAACAUUGAAGCAAUGAGUCCAGAAGAGGAGGAGGCCAUUCGGAUCCGAAUGAGUGGGGCAUGGAGCAUGUCGGAGGAGCCCAAGCGGCAUUCCCAAGCCCCCCACCUUAAAUGGGCCAAAAAUGUGGUGCAGGAGAUCCUGGGACACUCUGAGGAACAGACUGUGGAUGACCCCAACUCAGAGGUGCAUGGAGAGGCAAGGGUCAACCAGUCUAAGACAGUGAUUACAAGCAACAAACAGCAGCAGGAGGAAGUUGCACAAGGUACCGUAGAGAUUCCUGUUUAUAAGCUGAAAGUGGACGAAGAGCACUCAGAGCCAGAGCUGGAGGAGGAAGAGCCGUUGGAGGUGGUGGGACUGAGAGGUAUGGGGCAGAACCAAAAAGACAUGCAUGCUGACCAGUUCACAGCCAUGCAUGGUGACACACCCACAUACACUCAUGCUGACACAUUGUUAGACACAGAGAAGAAGGAGGAUCAUAGUCCUGCGAUGGACAAAAAGGCCGACCCUUCUAGUGAUUUCCAUUUAAAGGAAGUAGAUAUAGAGGUGAAAGAGGAGGCAUGCCAUAGGGUUAAGAUGAUAGAAAUGGAAAAAGAAGAAAGCAGGCAGAAGGAAGUGGAAAUGUAUUUGUCUGUGAGCAACACGCUGUACAAGCCUAACAGCUGCCCCAUUCUUAAUUAUGACUCCAAGUCUGACGUCCUGGUACCGCCCAGAGAUGGUGAAGGCCAGGAGGUGGGAGACAGAGUAGGCGAAACAGAAAACGAAAGACAGGGAGAGGAGCCUGAGGAGAGGGAUACUGCAGAGGAGGUGGUGGGAACAGUUAGCUCAGGGGAAGGGACAGUGGUGGGAGCGGAGGUGGCAGAAGGGAAAAUAGAAGGGGAGACUCUGACGAGCAGCUCCAUUUUCCGAGAUAUGGGUUCCAAGGUACGUUUACGAAGAAGGGGGAUCCGUAAAACCACUGAAAGAAGAAAAGAAGAGUUUGUAGAGUUGGAAGAGGAGGAAGGUGUUGGAAGGGAUCGCAGAACCAGAAUAUUCUCUACAACAGAUGAGGAUGAUCGGAGCAAAAGCUGGGGAGAAGUGGAGCUGAGGAAUGUUUUGGACACAAUCGGAAGACGGAAAAGGAACUCAAAGUUUUUCAAUGCUGCCCAGCUCUACCAGCAGUACAGUGAAGCAGCCCAGAACUUUGAGAUCCUGCGUCAGUCUCGCUCCGAUGUCCUGUCUGUGUGCGAGGACACAACCCCACCUCCUGCUCCCUCGUCACCUCCUGCCCGCAGACCUCUUCCUCCCCUGCCUGCUGUCCCACACCCCCACUCUCUGGCCUACGCAGGCUCCGUCACCAGUGUUAAAAGUUUACCUCUGCCUGAGCCCCCCAAGCAUGAAGGAAGGCCGUCCUCCCCACGUCUUUCCAUCUCUCUCACGCAGUCGUCCACACUGUGGCGGGAACUGCCGGGGGUCAGGAACAGCACUGAGCUGGAGGAGCUCACAGAGGACCAGAGGCGCCUACAGGAGGUGAGAUUUGAAGUAGUGACCUCAGAGGCCUCCUACUGCCGGAGUUUAGACAUUGUUGUAGAGCACUUUGUCAAGUCCAAACAGCUUGGAGCUCUAUUGUCCACUCAGGAAAGGAACUGGUUAUUUUCCCGGCUGGCUGACGUUCGUGCCAUCAGCCACAGUUUUUUGUCAAAGCUGGAGGAGCGAUUGGAGUCUGACAUAAUGCACUUCACAGUGUGUGACAUAAUCGCUCGGCACUGUCAGCGAUUCAAAAUGGUUUACGUGCCCUACCUCACCAACCAGUCAUAUCAGGAUACCACGUACCAGAGACUCAUGAAUGAGAAUCAAGGGUUCAAGCGGAUUGUGGAGAAAUUAGAGAGGAGUCCUGUUUGUCAGAGACUUCCUCUUCGUUCCUUCCUCGUCCUUCCCUUCCAAAGGAUCACAAGAAUUAAGCUGCUGGUCCAGAACAUUGUGAAGAGAACAACUCCUGGCACUGCAGAGGUAACGCAGGCUAUCAAAGCUUUGAAACUUUUGGAGAAGCUGAUUCAAGAGAGUAAUGACAGCAUCACCCAAAUGAAAAGCAUCGAGUCACUGGUCUCUCUUAGUGCUAAGGUGGACUUUGAGUGCAGGACUCUUCCUCUGAUCAGUCAGUCUCGGAGGUUGGUGCGGGAGGGACAGGUCACUGAACUGAUGGACUUUUCUCUAAAGGAUACAGAGAGGAAUAUUUACUUGCACCUAUUCAAUGACUACUUGCUACUGUCACUACAGAAAGAAGGGGGGAGAUUCACAGUAAUAGACCACUCUCCUGUAUCAGACCUGCGUGUAGAGAACUGCCGUGUCAAACUUCACUCCCUACAGAAGAACCUGUUCCGGCUGCACAUGUCACAAAAAUCCCUGCUGCUAAGGACUGACACUCUGAGUGAUAAGCUACGGUGGAUAUCAGCUCUUUCCCGGCCGCAUCCUGAAAUAGAUUUUUCUGCUGCACAAGACUUCCAACAGAUGCAGUGUAUCAGAGCUGUUGUUGCCCAGCAGCCUGAUGAGCUGUCUUUGGAAAAAGCUGAUAUCAUACUUGUGCACCAACAAAGCAGUGACCGUUGGGUAGAAGGGACCAGACUCUCUGAUCGGCAUCGUGGAUGGGUGCCCGAGACACAUUUGGAAACGAUAAGCAACUCUAGAGUCCGACAACGUAACCUGUCAGAUGCCCUUAAACUUAGAACGGCCACAGCUGCUGUUUGAGUGGAACUAAACAGAGAGAUGUCCUGAAUGUACCGUAAAGGAAAAGACACUCAGAUGUCUGCUUCGAUCUGUGAACUAGAGAGAUUGGAGAGUGGACAUUCAGUGCUCCAAAUGAGGGUUUCUGUCUUUAAAUUGUCCAAAAGAGUGCAGCAACUGACAUGCUGUAAGAAUGAAUCUCAAUGUAGCAUUAGGUCUGGCUUAUUUCUCUUGGUGGAACAACAUAUUGCUUCAGUGCAGUGCAUGAAUUGUCGAGGCCUGCCUGGAAGAUCUUAAAGACCGUGUGACUCUAUUAAUUGUUAUCUGCGUUACUAACAUUAUAAUAAUAAUGGACUGGUGUUUUUAGAAAAAUAUUUUUAAAAGAUAUCACCUUUUUCCAAGAAAUAUUAUUUUUGGAAAAUGUAUUAUUUGUGUAUAUUGAAAUAGUUGAGUUUAUGAUGCAUGUCUGAAAAGUGGGCGCCUGCAUGCAGGAGACCUGACAGUAAACAUGCAGAAUGUACAACUUCUCAAAAAAAAAAUCCAUGUACAGAGCUUCAUAGGUGACACAGUGAAUACAUUUCAAUAAAUUCAGAUUAAAUACACUGUGCAUGUGUUA